AUGGGCUCAAUCGCAACCUAUACUCCCGCGGAGUCUAGACUUUUUACACCAUUACAAAUUGGCAACUGCUUGCUAAAGCAUCGCAUUGUAUUUCCUCCUCUGACCCGGAACCGAAAUGAUGAUGACCAUGUCCCAUUGCCGCUCAUGGAAAAAUACUACGCCGACCGCGGCUCCACGCCCGGGACUCUAGUCAUCGCAGAGGCCACCGCCAUUGCGCACGGUGAAGAGGGUGACUGGAACAAUCCUGGCUUGGUUAGUGAUCAACAGGUCGAGGGAUGGCGCAAAAUCAUCGAUGCGGUCCACGCCAACAAAUCGUUCUUUUUCCACCAGAUCUGGGCCAUGGGACGGGCGUCUCUUCCUGAUCUACUAGCAGCUCGAGGAUUCCCCUAUAGGUCGAGUAGUGCUGUGCCUUUGAAAGACUCCGACGCUACACCUCGCGCCAUGACGGAGGAGGAGAUCUUGGAGACGAUUCAGAGCUUUGUUGACACAUCGAAGCGGGCAAUUUUGGCCGGUGCGGAUGGUGUUGAGAUUCAUUCUGCACAUGGGUAUUUGCUCGAUCAGUUUCUGACCUCGAGUGUCAACCAACGGACGGAUAAGUGGGGUGGGUCUAUUGAGAAUAGAGCCCGACUUACGCUCGAGGUUGUCCGGGCUGUUGUUCAGGCCAUCGGUGCCGAGAAAGUGGCUAUUCGAUUCUCUCCCUAUGCCGGAUUCCAAGGAUCUGAAAAGACCGAUUAUCUGGAGCUAUAUACGUAUCUCAUUACGGAGCUCAAGAAGAUGAAUGUCAAGUUUGCCUACUUGUCUCUUGUGGAGGCAACUGGUGAUCCUGGCGCUUUGAUUUUCAACGAAAAGGCGGUUCACCAGGACAAGUCAUUGAAUUUCAUCCUUGAGGCUUGGAACAAUCUCUCGCCUGUCAUUGUCGCGGGUGGUUACCGGCCAGAUACCGCUGCUUGGGCCGUGGAGGAGAAAUACCAGAAAUGGGAUGUUAUGGUCGCUUUUGGUCGCCAUUUCAUUGCCAAUCCUGACUUGGUGUUCAGGAUUAAGGAGAACAUUCCUCUGGCAAAGUACAACCGGCCGACUUUCUACACGUAUAAGGCAUGGGAGGGCUAUAAUGACUAUCCAUUUAGCCCGGAAUUCUUGAAGGCGCACCCAGAUGCUGUGCACCCAAUGGUUGAGGCAUAG